AGGGAAAGGCAGAGAGAGAGAGAGAGGGGGAGAGGGGAUCUGUUGCAGGCAGGGGAAGGCGUGACCUGAAUGGAGAAUGCCAGCCAAUUCCAGAGACACACAGGGACCUCAGAACAAAGAUAAGGCAUCGCUGACACCACACCCGGGACGAGCUUGCAGACAAGUCAGGCCGGGGGGACCAGGCAGCCAGGAGCACCCAAGGCAGGAAAAUGAGGUGGCUCCUUCUCUCUCAUGCUCUGUGCUUCUCCUUGUUGAAAGCUUCGGCCCAUGUCGUGGAGCUUAACAAUAUGUUUGGCCAGAUCCAAUCUCCUGGUUAUCCAGACUCCUAUCCAAGUGAUUCAGAGGUAACAUGGAAUAUUACUGUCCCAGAGGGAUUUCGGAUCAAGCUCUACUUCAUGCACUUCAACUUGGAAUCCUCCUACCUUUGUGAAUACGACUAUGUGAAGGUAGAAACUGAAGACCAGGUGCUGGCCACCUUCUGUGGCAAGGAGACCACGGACACAGAACAGACCCCUGGCCAGGAAGUGGUCUUCUCUCCGGGCUCCUUCAUGUCCAUCACUUUCCGGUCAGAUUUCUCCAAUGAGGAACGGUACACAGGCUUUGAUGCCCACUACAUGGCUGUGGAUGUGGACGAGUGCACAGAGCGGGAGGACGAGGAACUGUCCUGUGACCACUACUGCCACGACUACAUCGGCGGCUACUACUGCUCCUGCCGCUUCGGCUACAUCCUCCACACAGACAACAGGACAUGCCGAGUGGAGUGCAGUGACAACCUCUUCACCCAGAGGACCGGUGUGAUCACCAGCCCUGACUACCCCAGCCCUUACCCUAAGAGCUCCGAAUGUCUCUACACCAUUGAGCUAGAAGAGGGUUUCAUGGUCAGCCUGCAGUUUGAGGAUAUUUUUGACAUAGAGGACCAUCCUGAGGUAUCCUGCCCCUAUGACUACAUCAAGAUUAAAGCUGGUCCAAAACUUCUUGGGCCCUUCUGUGGAGAGAAAGCCCCGGAACCCAUCAAUACCCAGAGCCACAGUGUCCAGAUCCAGUUCCGCAGUGACAACUCAGGCGAGAACCGGGGCUGGAGGCUAUUGUACAGGGCGACAGGGAAUGAGUGCCCCAAGCUGCAGCCGCCUGUCCAUGGGAAAAUUGAGCCCUUGCAAGCCAAGUACUCCUUCAAAGACCAGGUGCUCAUUAGCUGUGACACUGGCUACAAAGUGCUGAAGGAUAAUGUGGAGAUGGAUGUAUUCCAGAUCGAGUGUCUGAAAGAUGGGAUGUGGAGUAACAAGAUUCCCACCUGCAAAAUUGCGGACUGUGGCACUCCGGCAAAGCUGGAAAAUGGGAUGGUCACCUUUUCUACCAGGAACAACCUUACCACAUACAAAUCUGAAAUCAUAUACUCCUGCCAGCAGCCCUACUACAAGAUGCUGCACAGUACCACAGGUGUAUAUACGUGUUCUGCCCAAGGAGUCUGGAUGAAUGAAGUCCUGGGGAAAAGCCAGCCCACCUGCCUGCCAGUGUGUGGUCAGCCCUCCCGCUCCCUGCCGAACCUGGUCAAGCGGAUCAUCGGAGGCCGGAACGCUGAGCCCGGCCUCUUCCCGUGGCAGGCCCUGAUCGUGGUGGAGGACACGUCGAGGGUGCCCAACGACAAGUGGUUUGGGAGCGGGGCCCUGCUCUCUGAGUCCUGGAUCCUCACGGCAGCCCAUGUGCUGCGCUCACAGCGCAGAGACAACACGGUGACGCCAGUCUCCAAGGAGCAUGUCACCGUCUACCUGGGCCUGCAUGACGUGCGUGACAAAUCCGGGGCCGUUAACAGCUCGGCUGCCCGAGUGGUGCUCCACCCUGACUUUGACAUCCAGAACUACAACCACGACAUCGCUCUGGUGCAGCUGCAGGAGCCGGUGCCCCUGGGGCCGCACGUCAUGCCCGUCUGCCUGCCGAGGCCUGAGCCCGAAGGCCCGGCGCCCCACAUGCUGGGGCUGGUAGCUGGCUGGGGCAUCUCCAAUCCUAAUGUGACAGUGGAUGAGAUCAUCAGCAGCGGCACGCGGACCUUGUCAGAUGUCCUGCAGUACGUCAAGUUACCUGUGGUGCCACAUGCCGAGUGCAAGACCAGCUACGAGUCCCGGUCAGGCAACUACAGCGUCACAGAGAACAUGUUCUGUGCCGGCUACUAUGAGGGCGGCAAGGACACAUGCCUAGGAGACAGCGGCGGGGCCUUCGUCAUCCUCGACGACCAGAGCCAACGCUGGGUGGCUCAAGGCCUGGUGUCCUGGGGGGGCCCUGAAGAAUGUGGCAGCAAGCAGGUGUACGGGGUCUACACCAAAGUCUCCAACUACGUGGACUGGGUGUGGGAGCAGAUGGGCUCCCCUCCAGGCCUGGGGGAGCUCCAGGUGGAGCGGUGAGCCCUGACUUCCUUGGCCUCCAGCCCGCCAAGCCCCUGCAAGGCUGCAUCGUACACUCCUGAGGAUGGCAUACUCCAUGUUACUCAUGAGACCAAAUGGGAUGGAACACGCUGCUUCCACCCUCCCAAGACAACCCCCGGGAGGCAGCAGAGUGGUAUGGGAAAAAGGAUCUAUUCAGGAGACCUGGGUCCCUGGCCCUGGGCUGGUCCCUUCCCCUCCUGGGGCCUCACUCUCCCAGGAGCACAGCAACUCUUGGCCAACUCCCACUCCUCUCCUGGAGUGCCUACCCCAGGGGCCUCCUUCACUCCUUGUCAUUUGUCAAACCCAUUGGUCCUACUAUUGGUGUAACUGAGCUUACUGUUAGAAACUGUUUUCUAACCUAGAGCUGAGUCCAUGUAUUUUUCCCAAUUCUACCCUCUGGGUACUUUCUAAGACCCUUUUUCUAGCAGAAACCACUCAGGUGUGGGGAGACAGGGAUUCCACCCCAGAGAACCCUCUCUCUGAGUGUGAUGCCCUGCAGGACUUUUGUCCCUGGAUUUUUCUUCCAAAAGUUUCUUGUGAUCCAAGCUGUAUCCCUUCGGAAUUUAAAGGAACUUCAAAUGACAAAGAGAAAGCUGGGAAGUUCUGUGUUGACUGAGGGGAGGAGAAGAGCAGUGACAGUCCCCCCGACUCUGUUAAAUCCCUACCAUCAACUGAGAAUGCAUCAUUUGGAUCCAUAUAACACUCUCAAAUUCCAGCUGAUAACAUGGGGUGUCCUGACAAGCAUGAAGCAACCUUCCAGCCUUGAAGUGUGACAUCUGAAUAGGCUCCCUGGGCCCUAGCCCCAGGUGGGGCUCAAAUGGAUUGUUUGGAGAAAGAGAAGUCUCACAGCUGCCCCUCUGUGCCUCUGGGAAGGGAAAUGGAAGAAGGGCGAGCUCAGGACAUUGGCGUGACCAUGUUCCACCAGAUUGCCCACCGGUGCCUGCAGCCUGAACUCCACAGGGAAUCUACCCAGCAUGGAUGUUCAGAGGGAUCCACUCCUCCAGUUUCCAGGAGCCAGAGUCAAGAAAAGCAGAGACUUGAUGUUGAAAGGCAGUGAGAAGGGACGGAGAGCCCAGAGUACUGGGUUAUAGCCCCAGCUCUGCCCCCAACUGGCUGUGUAACCUUUGACAAAUGACUUUCCCUCUCUGGGCCUCAGUUUCCCCAUCUGUAAAAGAAAGGCAUCAGAUCCCCCUCAGGGUCCUUCCAGGCCCAGUGUUCAGUGCUUCCAUUGCUAGCAGCCUCUCCCUGGCGCUCACAGGGCUCAUUGUCCUCCUCUCCCAGGCUCCCUCUCCUGGGGACUCUCCACCAGAGAAAGGCACCCAGAGAAGCCCUGAGAGGGAUUCCAAGAGAGCAACUGGGAAGUGUCCAUCUUGCCAGUUGGAUCCUGAAAGCACACUCCUAUGUCUCUCAACAGUGCAUGUAGAGGAUACUAUAUUUUGUAUAUUUUAUAUCACAAGCUUCACUCCUCUGUAAGGGGCCUCUUCACUCUGUUUCUCCUGUCAGGGGACUAAAGUGGAAAUAAACCCUCUGUGGAUAACCAACA